AUGGUUGUUUCACUAGAUGAAAAAUUCAAAUCUGCUGCUUGGAUUAUCCAGGCACUGCCAAAAGAUGGCCCCAUAAAAACAACUGUAACCGAUCAACUUUUGAUGUACAGUCUGUACAAACAGGCGACAAUCGGUCAAUGCAAUACGGAGCAACCGUAUUUCUUCAGAAUCGAAGAACGACUGAAGUGGAAUGCGUGGAACGAGUUGGGAAAUAUGGAGAAAGACGAGGCGAAAGCUAAAUAUGUGGAGAAAAUGCUCGAGUUGUGCGACGAGGCCGAAAAAGAGCACGACCUGUUGAAUUUUCUGAACGACCCUACUGUCGCCGAGCUGCUUCCGAAACAAAAUGAGCUCCGUGAGCAUUUUGGGAAUCUGGGAAGAACUACUGUGAAGGGAUUUGAAGGAGAAACUGUCACUGUUAAUGGGGUCUCUAUCUCUUUUUGA